AUGAACUUUUUGGGGAAAGCGGCUAGUUGUUUCGGCAAGGAAGGUGGAUACGUGAACAAAGAAGGUUUGGACAAAGGACUGAAGUACUACGAUGAUUGCAACGGAUUCAGGGACUGUGCUGGUGAUGGGGCGCUGGACAUGACGAGGAAGAACCAUUAUCCAAUCACGGAAUUAUCAGAUGAUUACGACUCCCGAUCCUCGACCACCGGCUCCCCAGUACGGAGAGCGAACUCCUCACCGAGCUCAGACACGGCCUACAAACCAUACAGCCUACACUACGACCAGCGAAAAUGUUCCACUCCAACAAACGACUCUAGAAUGAUCCAUUCACCGAACUACCACAUCACAGAAUACUCACAAAAUGGUGGUCGGAAAAAGAGAUCAAGAGCUGCCUUCUCCCACGCUCAAGUAUACGAGUUAGAGAGACGAUUCAGCCAACAACGAUACCUCUCAGGACCUGAACGAGCAGACUUGGCAGUCAGUCUGAAGCUGACUGAGACCCAAGUCAAGAUCUGGUUCCAGAAUCGACGAUACAAGACGAAAAGAAAGCAGUUGCAGAUGCAAGAGAACGGCAUGCUCGCAGCCGCUGCUGCAGCCGCGAACCAUGCGAGAAAAGUGGCUGUAAAGGUACUUGUGAACAAUAACGGACAAUCCAGCAUACCUGACUUGAAGUCUUACCAAAAUCCCAUGCUAGGAAAGACGUUAAACCCACUCUUCACACCGCCGAACCUUCUAGAAAGUUCUCCGAUUCUAAAGCAUUUUGCAGGAGUUUACGGCGUAGAUUUCGCGAAAAAUCCUCAAUACAAAGCUCUGUUACAAGAGUCCUACAAUCAGGCGGUCUUACAAUCGUUAUAUGGUCCUCAUUUGGGAGUGAACUACCCGAAUCUGCCGCUACCUUACAUGUAUUACCCGGGUCAUUCAGCAUUUGGAUUACCAGUACCUUGUGAUGUCGAAAGAAGUCAAGUUGAUCGACCGGACAGCAAAGAGUUCACCGAAGAAAAAGAUAACAAGGAAAAGACAGAAACCAAACCAAAACCUCAUAUUGAAUUAAAUGAGAACAGUAACGAAAGUAUGGCCAGUAAUAUUGAGAUUGAAAAUUAG